UGUCAGUCGUUCAGCUUCAUGAGCUAUGCUUAUUGAUCCAUAGAAUGACAAUAUGGACGAAUUUCAAAAUCCCCAUCAUUCUCCUUGUUGAAUGCCCACCUUUCGUCAACAGAAUUUACUUCAUCUUGUUCUACUCAAACGUCCUCGAUAAUGCCUACCAAGCCCGUCGUCGUGAUCGUGCCCGGCUCCUGCCACAGGGCCGAACACUACCAGCGAUUAAUCGACGAACUCGCAAAAUGCAACUAUGAAGCGACAGCCGUUACCCCGCCGUCACUGGACUCCAACCCUCCGCACCGCAGCUGGGACCAGGACGCCCAGGCGGUACGGCGUGUGGUCAUGGAGAACGUCGAAGCGGGAAGGGAUGUGAUUGCACUCGCGCAUUCAUUUGGCGGCGUCGCGAUGGGCGAGGCGGUAAAGGGGCUGGGCAAGCGGGAUCGUGAAAAAUAUGGCUUGAAGGGGGGUGUCGUGGGUCUUAUCUAUAUGACCGCGGUGGCACUCGUUGAAGGACAGAGCCAGGCGACCCUGAUCGUACCGCAAACGCCGAAGGAGAAAGAGUUGGCGUUGGCGUAUCAGGAGGGCAUGAAGAAAUAUCCCAAGGGCAUGACGCCUAUCAAUGAGGCUGGGAUGAUAGUUCCUGACCGGGAAACGACCCGCCAAAUCGUCUAUAGCGGCGGCUGCGAUCCCAAGGACGUAGAGGAGGCCCUCGAUCUGCUAGGAGCCCAACCCAUAGCCCCGAUGGGAGUGCCUGUGACGUACACGGCCUAUCGAGAAAUCCCAAGUACGUUCAUUUUGUGUGAGAAUGACCUGGCCGUCCCGCCAUACAUCCAGGAGAAGAUGGUUGCGCAGGCCGGCGAUGCCAUGGAAGUUGUACGUUGCCAGGAGGGCCAUGCGCCGCAUCUGAGUAAUCCGAGAUUGGUCGUGGAGUGUAUCCGGCGUGCUGCAGGCGAGAGUGUUUAGAGGGCCAUUGAGCUCCUUUAUGUAACUGCUUGCCACUUAUCAAGUUCUGUUCGAGCGAUUUGAUGCGUGUGUAGCCGCCGUUAUAGAGAUCUUGAAUGGCUUCGUCCUUCGUGUUCGAGAGUUUUGAAUGUUAUACUCUGAGUGUUUGUUAAUAAUGAAAAUGUACCUCCGUGGGAGUAGCGAACGAAAAGGCCUUUCAUGAACAGUUUGACAAUUAGAUUUAAGUAAUAUAUCUAGAAGUAUAAAACAUCACACGUUAUAUAUGUUAUGAGGUUAUAUACUUCCUUUGCCAAUAGAAUACAAAUGAAAAAACAGAAUUUGUACAAGAG